CGUGUGAAGUUGAUAACAAACACGAGACUCCUCCUGAAGAAAAGCCAACCCCACGCGAAGAAGAAGAGGAAGCAAAGCAAAGGCACCAAAAACAAAAGAAAGAAAGAGCAGAAUAAGGUGUCUCUCUCUUGGACUGAUUCUUUCCAAUCGCAUCUCUUUCUCUCUCUUUCCCUCCCUCCCUCCCCUGUUCUACCUAUAUAUCAAACAAAGGGAACAAAGAAGCAAAGAAAGAAAGAGAAGCAUAACAAACAAGGCAAAGGCAAGAGGCAGAAAGUAGGUGAAAAACCAAAAUAAAGAAGAAGAAAUGAGAGGAAGGGUGAUUAAUUGGGUUAUGCUUCACCAGCUUGUUCUUGAGCUUAUUAUCAUUCAUUCUUGAUUGCUUGAUCGAUUCCUUAUCUUCUUUCAUCUUUAUCUUCUUCAAAGUUUAUUGCUUUCCCUUCACAUUGCUGUAAUGGCCGUUCAAGCUCAAUACCCUUCAAAUGUCCUCCUCUUAAACAGAGGUGGACAAGAGGAGCAUGAGUUUUCAUUGCAGCAACAAGCAGGAGGAGUUUUUGUUGAUCAAUCCCAUAUGUUCUUCAACAAUAAUAAUCCACGGAAAAGAGGAAGAGAAGUUGCAGGGGCGGCAAUAACAACGCCAAUCAAUUCAUUUUCUUUGCAAACGCAACCGCCUCAGUUGAUAGACCUUUCUCAACUCCACCAACCAAAUGUAGUCUCCACCGGCCUCCGCUUAUCUUUUGGCGACCAACAACAAAACCUGCAGCAAAAUCAAAAUCAAAGUUAUCAACAACAACAGCACCAUCCCCAACAACAAAAUCUUGGUUCCAACUCCUCUGCUUUUUUGGCUAUAGUAUCCGAUGAUUUGGCAUCCCAAAUCAAACGUCAGAGAGAAGAAUUGGAUCAUUUUCUUCGAGCCCAGGGUGAGGAAUUACGGCGCACGUUAGCGGAGAAAAGGAAUACGCACUAUCGUGCGCUCCUGGGCGCAGCGGAGGAAUCGGUGUCAAGGAGGUUAAGAGAAAAAGAAGCGGAAGUGGAGAAAGCAACGCGACGGAACGCCGAGUUGGAGGCACGGGUGGCGCAACUUAGCGUGGAGGCGCAGGUUUGGCAGGCGAAAGCCAGGGCACAGGAGGCAACGGUGGCUUCAUUACAAGCGCAGCUCCAACAGGCCAUAAUCAGCAGAGGGGCUGCCUUGGCGCAGGAUAGCAGGAGAGGGGAGGAGGGGCAAAAGUGCUGGGGAGGAGUGGAGGGCCAGGCGGAGGACGCUGAGUCGGCUUACGUGGACCCGGAGCGGGUGGCUGCUUCGGGACCGGCUUGCAAGGCGUGUAGGUCACGUGUCGCGGCGGUGGUGCUCCUGCCCUGUCGGCAUCUUUGCUUGUGUACAGAGUGUGACCGAGUGGCGCAGGCCUGCCCGCUUUGCUUCACCGUCAGGAAUUCUAGCGUUGAGGUUUUUCUUUCUUGAAAAAAAAAGUCAAAACCAAAAAUAAAAAUCAAAAUAACCUAUGAAUUUAAUAAUAAAAUUUCCGUUUCUAUCUUUUUUUUUCCCUUUUUUUUUUUUUCGCUUUUGGGGUCUGAUAUAAUGGUUAUUCACCCAAGCCCCGGAAAUUUUACUUUCUUUUUUUUUUUUACCUUGCUUCCCCUCUCGGAGGUUAUGUACAUGGCCACUUGGUUAGUUGCAUUUUUUUUUUGUCUUUUUCUUUUUUUGGAAAUUAAAUUCAUAUAUUCUUUUAUUUGAUAAAUCCUUUGGUCUUAGUUAAUUUCGAUUGUUUUGCAUGGUAAAUGGAUGAAUGUAAUUGCUCCUUCAGAAAGAAUGUCCAAUGUGAUAUAACGGUUUAAGCUUUAGUAAUUGUUUUCAUUGAAAAAAGAAUCCAUAGUUUCAUCUGCCUCCAUUUUAUACAAAAUAAAUCAAAGAGAUAAGUAAUCGAUUUGCCCAUAAUUGUUUGAAGUUAGAUAGGGAAAACUCAUGAAUUUCAUGUUUCUUAAGCUUCCAUUGUAUACUUUUCUGAUGAAAAUGUUUAGAAUUUUUAGAAUUUUAACUUGUUUUUUUAUG